AGUGGCAAACAAUAACGACUGUUGACUUGUAACUCAGAUGAUCGGUUGCUUGAAUAUGGAAGACGACUACGAAUUUGUUCAAUUGUCCACUAAACCAACUGAAGGUAAAACAGAAAGGGUUCUGAACUAUGCAGACAUUCAGUUCAAAACUUCGGCACAGGAUCCACCAAUUAAGCCAUGGUUUGGUGCUUCGCAGGACCAGAAUUCAGACGACGAAUCUGUGAUUUAUAGUGAAAUGCAAGGUAGCGACGUAUAUGUAAAUAUUUUAGCUCAAAGCACAUCAAGUUAUGAUUCAUUUAAUGAUAGUUCUACAGAUUACGAAGAUAUCCCAGAUUUCAAAGCACCAGCUAUCCCGGAUUUAGGAAAUAAAGUAAUGGAGGAAAAUGUAAAAGUGAGCGCUAAUGAGAAUGAAAGUGCCUAUGGCGAAUACUGUCAUCUUGAUCCAAAUAAAAAAUUAGCCAAACAAACAACCGCAAAUAAACAGAAGAAAAGGAGAACUAAAAAGCUUAUGUGUACUGACAUAACGACACUGGAAGAUGGAAGGAUGGUGGUAGUUACAGAAAGUGGUGAAAUUAUAGUUCUAAGUUCCAAAGGAAUGUAUUUGUUUAUGGAGACGUUUGAUGGUGAUUUUGAGAAUUGUACUGCUCUGGACAAAAAUGAAAUAAUUGCUGCCUGUGGUUAUCGAAUCCGAUUUUUCUCUGUGCAUGACACAGAAAUAAGAGAGGAGGAAGAAAAAUGCAUCGAUUUUCAAUACGACUGGACGACAGUACAUGGAAUUUCUUAUAGUGAUCACAAACUGUUGAUGUCCUGCAACUUACAAAGUGUAGCGUGUUCGCAACCACCAACAAUUAAAUUAUAUGACAUGAAGAGAAAACAUACAAAAACCGUUUACACUCUUCCAUUCACUUCUCCAGGUAAAGUUCUUUUAAAUCCAGAUUUAAAGAAGUUUUUUGUAGCAGACCAAGCCGAAAAGACGAUAACUUGUGUAGAUUUCCGAGGUAAAUUAAUCUGGGAGUCCAGGGACAUCAACACUCCCAUAUCGUUCACUUUAGCAGAUGAGAUACUCGCUGUGGCAUUCGAAGAGCGCCAAGAUAUAACAUGUUUUUCUUCAGAGAAUGGAACUAUUGUGAGAACAAUCAAAAUGGAUGUUGGAAUGCAUAUACCAACAAAAAGAAUUGUGCUUGCCAAUAAUACUAAGGAAAUAAUUAUUUGUCCAUCUGAUCGUUUUGUUGAAGAAACAGUUAGUUUUGUUUUCUUUGCGCCGAUCAAACACACAAGAAAACAGCAUUUAAAGAAAAAAAUUUCUAGUAUGAAACUUCUUCCCAAAAUGUUUCGGAAAUGAUAAUGUUCAUUUUUCUCCAGUACAAAGUGCAAUAUACACGGAAUCUAUAUGCAGAAAAAUGGAUAAAGGGAACACAGAUACAAAAUAAAGACAAAACCACCCAGAAAACUUUUCCUUGUUUUGUAUUACAUCUUUUCACGUGUGUUGUGAAAUAGGGUUACUUUCCCUGCAUUUGUGUACAUGUGUUAUUUCAUAUCACAAUUAGCAUCUCACACAAUUAAAUUAAAUAUUCUUUAUCAAGAACUACCUUAUAAAUUGUACAG